AUGGGCUCCAACAAAGAUUUCGUCGUUUCAGAACGUGAAUCGUUUGACGAGGAACGAGCAGAUGGCAAGAUGGGUGAUUUGCGGAAGAAACCCAUUUACAAACAAACGUGGUUUCUCUGGACGGCCGGUGCGGCGACCGUAGUUGCGUUUGUCGGCAUCAUAGUCUGGUGGAGACUCGACCGAGCCGGUCUAGAGAAGAAUUACGCGAACAUGAUGGACGAAACCGAAAAGAUGCUGAAGUGGGACUCCGAUAAUUCUACAUCCACCGACGCGUUUUCCAGAACGUCGACUUAUUCGGGCGGAUCGAUCGAGAGGACUGCUACAGCGUCCAUCGCCCGACCAAGCACGGAUCUCAGUCCGGCUCGACCAUCUCUCACAGAGACCGCCGAGUCUUCGCUUUCGGCGACCGAGAGUGAAACGCUCAGGAAUACGGCGACUGCGUAG